AUGUUCUAUUUGACAACAUUGCAUGUGGAUAAAGUGUUGACUGAAGAUCCUGCAACCAAUCCGCCAACGGGCAUUGGAACACAUGUUCCUUCUGUGAUUGAGAAUGCUACAUAUCACAGGAUUGUUGAUUCUUGGAAUUGCAUUGAAUUGUAUUGUCGGAAUUAUAUUCUGAAUGCUCUUGAUGAUUCCCUCUAUGAUAUUUACUCUACUUUCAAAUCUGCUAGAGCAAUAUGGGAAUCAUUGGAGAUAAAACAUAAAACUAAAUAUGCUUGUUCCAAGAAGUCUACUGUUGGAAAGUUUUUGCACUACAAAAUGUCUGAUGCAAAAUCUAUUGUGAAACAAGUGAAGGAAAUUCAAAUCCUUGCCCACGAACUUGACGUUGAAGGUAUGGGUUUACACUCUAAUUUCCUGGUUGGUUCUAUAAUUGAAAAAAUUACAACCUCAUGGAAAGAUUUCAAACUUUAUUUGAAACAUCUAACUGAGGAAAUGAGUUUUGAGAAAUAUGUUCUUAAACUUCAUGUUGAAGAAGAUCACAAGAAAAAUGAAAAGGUUGAUGCAGUUUCUUUGGAGGCUAGUGCUAACUUUGUUGUAGGAAGUACUUCUAACAAGUCUAAGAUUCAGGAGUUUAAAAGCAAAGGCAAAGCAAGUACUUCGAAGAAUGAUGACAAAACUGGUUAUAAGGCUAAGGAUUGUCGCUUCAAAAAGGGUGGAAACAAUGAUGGCAAUGGUGGAAAUUCUAGAAAUUCUGGUGGCAAAUCUGGAAAUCCUGGAAGUUCUAACCAAGAAAAUGUUAUUGAAUCUACAAAACUCUUUGUUGGAAUAAUUGAAACAAAUCUGGUUUCAAAUGGUGUUGAUUGGUGGGUAGAUAUUGGUGCUACUAGACACAUAUGCAACUCAAAAAGCAUGUUUACUACUUACCAACAAGUUGAUGAUGGAGAACCAAUGUUCAUGGGAAAUGCUACUACUACCAAGGUUGAAGGACAAGGGAAAGUGAAUUUGAAACUCACAUCUGGAAAAGAUUUGAUGCUUACCAAUGUGUUCCAUGUUCCUGCUAUGACAAAGAAUCUGAUUUCGGGUCCUAUGUUAAGUAACAAAGGGUUCAAAAUGGUCUUUGAGUCUGAUAAAUUUGUACUUACUAAGGGUCCUACUUAUGUUGGAAAGGGUUACCUCUAUAAGGGACUCUUUAAGUUAAGUGUUGUACCACAUAAUGAUGCUUUUAUCAAUAAGAAUAACGCAGGCACUAGCGCUGCUCCUUCUAUGUAG